AUGUCAACACAACCCCCCAACCACCGAGAGAACCUCAUGGGAGCAAGCUCGAUGAACAUGGCUGCUGCACAGUCGACCAAGGCCAAGCCGGCCUCCAAGGCCAGCAGCAAUGCCAACUCCAAGCAAAAGUCCCAGAUGCAUCGCCGCUCAAGAACAGCUAACACUGGUUGCCCUGGAGGUUGCUACACAUGCAGACUCAGGAGGAAGAAGUGCGACGAGGGUUCGCCCAUGUGCACUGCCUGCAAACACCUGGGUCUCGUAUGCGAGUACAAGCGGCCGAUGUGGUGGAGCAACAACGAUGCGCGGAGGAAACACAAGGACGACAUCAAGGUCAUCAUCAAGCGCAAGAAGCUUUCUGAGAAGGCUUCGAACGCCAUCCAGACCCCUCUGCCUUCACCGCCAGGUCUUUCGCACUCUCUGCCCACCUCUGCGACGUUCUCAGACCCCUUGGACCGGACGAGAUCUGCCUCGAUCGACUCGCACUUCGCCUUCAACUUCAACAGCCCGCCGACAACCUCAGAGUAUGGCGCAUUCACUCCGCAGAUGCACCCCGACUUUAUGUUUUCUGGGCUCUCUCCCUACGAAGUCGACAUCAAGACCGAGAGGCAGAUGUUUGUCAACGACGUCCCGACCAUUCGCGAGUCUACCACCUCGACCUUCAGCACCUACCACACGCCGCCUCCGCCCGGCACCGUUCUCCCCUCGUUCCCCAUCGAUGGCGAGUGGACCGAGCAGGUCUACUCUGAGCGCCGCGAGUCGCUGACCGAGGAGACGCUCAACGUCAACUUCUUUGACUUCUCCCAUGGCCCUUCGGGCGACUCUAGGCAAGUUGAGAUCGAGCUGGACGAGGGUGACCAGCGACUUCUGGAUCACUUCAUCCAAUAUGUUCUCCCCACGCUCUUCCCCAUCCUGGAGACCAACCAGCACGGCUCAGUCACCUCGGACCUCAUCCUGCCCGCCCUGCAGACCAACAAGGGUUAUCUGCACUGCUGCCUGAGUAUCGCUGCCCAGCACUACAAGGACGCCAUGGGCAUCCAGACCGAGGAGAUCGAUAGCGACAUCAUGCGACACCGCUAUGCCACCAUCUCUGCGCUCUGCGACGCUCUGAACCGCGACGAGAACCACCAGCAGAUCCUCGAGGCGGCUCUCGGCCUCAUCUUCUUCCAGUGCUGCGUCGGCCGCUUCGACGAUGCCCUCCCCGACAUCCCCUGGCACCAGCACUUCCAGGCCGCCAUCUCUCUGGUGCAGAAGCUCGACCUGCCGCGCAUCGUCUCGGACCCCAACGACACCCUGGCCCAGCCGCCCUUCAACAUGACCCUGACCGCCUGGAUCGACAUCCUCGGCGCCACCAUGCUCGGCUGCGCCCCGACCUUCGCCCACACCUACCGCGACAAGCACCUCUCGCAGACCAACUCGUCGCUCGGCCUGCGCGAGCUCAUGGGCUGCGAGGACCGGGUCAUGUACCUCAUCUCGGAGAUCGCCUGCCUCGAGGCGCUCAAGAAGGACGGCAUGGACGACAUGGUCCUCUGCGAGCACGUGCGCGUCCUGGGCGAGCAGAUCGGCCUGACCGAGACGGCCGACUCGGCGCCCAAGAUGCCCUUCAACGCCAACGGCUCGCUGAGCCCCAAGCAGCUGAGCAAGAACAUGACGGCCGCCUUCCGCCUCGCCGCGCGCAUCUACCUCUGCUCCCUGGUGCCCGGCUUCCACCCCUCGCAGGCCAGCUGCAUGGGCCUCGUCGAGAAGCUGGCGGGCCUCCUGCAGUACAUCCCGUCGGGCCCGGGCGGCUUCGACCGCUCCCUCGUCUGGGUGUAUCUUGUUGGCGGGUCCGUGUCGACCGCGGGCUCGCCCUUCCGCGCCUUGUUCGAGGACCGCAUCGCCCAGCUCGGCGAGCUGGCCAACAUUGGCUCCUUUGGCCGCGCCGUCUCCCUCCUGCGCGACGUGUGGAUCCAGGCCGACAGCGGCAUGCCGUCGCCCGUCGUCGGCGGCGUCGUCGCCCCGGAGGUCCAGACUCCUCAGCAGUACGUCCACUGGCGGGACGUGAUGCAGAUGAGGGGUUGGGACUUCCUGCUCAUUUGA